AUAAGUGUGGCAGAGCGCGUUAAGCAACAGCAAAGAACCAUUACAGAGAUUGGCUACGGUCAGACCCAGACGCGCUUUGGUUCUUCCUCGCCAAGACCAUUGACGUAUACAGACAACUUCAACUAUGGUACUGAAGUCCAUGGUAAGCCGUCGAGCUCCGUUGCUAAGCACCUUGGGCAUUUCCUUUGUUGUGCUGGUCCUCAUCUACAACGCCAACAAAGACAACAUUCUCUCGGCCUCCCCCUGCGCCACACAGAACCGUCAACACACGAGAAACACUGCUCAACUCAUUUCGCAAAACCCAUUCCUCAACUCGACAGUGCCCUCUGAGAAACCAGCAAGUGCCAGUAUUCCCGUAUCGACAUCGUCAAGAAAGACAUAUGCCCACAUAAUACAAGAAACUCCGCCUAACGCAGGACCUGAACAGGGGUUUGCUCUGGAGUACUUAGAUCAAGAAGUCCAGAAAGCGGUGGAGACCAAAAAGGCUGCAAUACGUUUAUUAAGCUCUCCUAUCAUAAACCAACAUAACAUGAUGUAUUUGGUCGGACGCGAGCAGAAAUGUACGAACAUGACUCCCGAAGUUAUCAUAACGGUUCCGUCUGGGUGGGGCAAUUUUGAAAAAAGGCAAAAGGUGAGAGAUGGCCCGCAAGGAAAAUACGUCAGAGCACAUUCUCAGAACGCGCUUUUGCUUUUCUUUGUAGGACUUCCUCCAGCGGGCAUUGGAAAGAAUAAAACACAAAAGUGGGCCAAACUUCAGGAGGAGAGUGAGAAAUACGCUGAUGUGGUCAUUGCAUAUUUUGAGGACAAGUAUAGAAAUAUUUUGUUUAAGCAUUUGUCCAUGCUUCAAUGGGUGAUCAACUUUUGCCCCAAGGCCAAAUUUGUGCUCAGAACCGAUGAUGACGUGGGCGUUAAGAUAGACUCUAUGUUGGUUUCCCUGAGGCGACAUAGCGAUGAGCGGCAAAAUUUCAUUCUUGGAAAGCAACGAGUAGGCGAUGCUCCGUCUCGGAGAGAGGAGCGACCUCAUUAUUAUCUCUCCGAAGAAGAGUAUGAACCCGAUACAUUCCCGCCCUACGUGUUGGGAGGAGCAAUAGGCUACCCCGUGUCCACUGUCAAGCUGCUGUACGAGGUGGCCAGAAGGACGAAGAAUGUGUGGUUAGAUGAUGUUUUCAUGACUGGGAUCUGCGCCGCCGCCCUGGGUAUUCCCACGUUUAACGAGAGGAGCUUUCAAUUCACACACUAACCCAGGGGUCACGUCAACCUCCGAGUGUUCUGAUCAUUAUUGUAUUAUUUUCUUUUCAUGAAGGAGCCCGCAUGAGUACGUGUGUGUAUGUUGGUGUGUGUUGUGUUUGUGUGUGUGUGUGUGUGUUUUCAUAUUUUGGAUGUUUAUCACGCAUGCACCUGCAGACUUGUGUGUGUA